ACGAAAUCAAAAACUGGCAUGAACAUGGAUAUACAUAAACUCUUUUUCCAGAGCCCACAAUAGAAAUUGAAUGCUUCAGCGGCACCCUUAGAUAUUUUACAAAGGCGUCGUAUGAGACAGGGAGGCAUAUAUCAUUCAUCGACCUCUUGAAGAAAACAUCAUCUGUGCUUGUUGUUGUCCUUUAUUUUCUCGAGUAUUUUCUUCGCACUUUCGUAUUAUCUUUCUUGAAGAUCUUGACAUCCAUCUUUUUGGUUCUGAUGUUGACCGGUUCCAAUGACACGUCAUCACAUAAUGUCUACGUGGCAUGAUGAUACGACCCAUUUCACUCUUUCUUCUGGCUACAAAAACACUUUCGAGGUUACCGUACAGUUCCACCUUAUUAGUAGUUCCUGAUAAUCUAGAGAGAGAGAAAGAGAAAUUGUGUGUGUGAAUUCCAGGGAAAAGGGUGAAAUUUGAAAAUUACGUUCACGUUCUUCAUUUAUCCAAUCAAAGAUUGUUAUUCCGAGUAUUUCGUUUUUUCUUCUUCCCUCGUAAUCAUAAUCAAUCUUUUUCAUUUGCAAAAAACAGAAUAAAACAAAUUAGCUUCUCUUUAUAUUUCUCUGGUUGAUCAAACCUCGAUUAAUUUCUGAAAAAAGAACCUGAAGAUAAAAAAGAAGACGGACAUUAUAUGUGUUCAUUACGUCAAAACCAUGUGUUUGGGUUGCAAUAUUAAUCUUGUUUUUCUUCAAUUUCAUUGAUUUUUAAGGGUUAUUGUAACAGUAUGCCAAUGAUGCGACAAAGAAUUCCACCAGGAAUUCAUCUUAUAAGAAGCUUAAGAGGCAAAGAAUGGAGUCUAACUACUUACAGAUACGUAGUUCUUUUACUAACAUUCAUAGCAUACGCUUGCUACCAUGCUUCUAGAAAACCUACAAGCAUUGUUAAGAGUAUAUUGGAUCCAGAACCUGUUCACCGUGGUUUAACUCAUCCCUGGCCACUCGGGGAAGUUUUUAUCAAGGAGACUGUGAUGGUUGGUAAUCUCACCGCUUCUCCUGGAAAGGGAUGGGUUCCUUUCGACGGAAAAGAUGGCACAGCUAAGUUGGGAGAGAUCGAUGUUGCAUUCCUCGCAUUUUAUUCUGCAGGAAUGUACCUGGCAGGGCAUCUUGGAGACACACUUGACCUCCGGUUGUUUUUGACAACUGGGAUGAUUGGGAGUGGAAUAUUUGUUGGACUUUUCGGGAUGGGUUACUUUUGGAAUAUACACGUGUUUUGGUUUUAUCUUGUUAUGCAAAUGAUUGCUGGAUUGUUUCAAGCCACUGGGUGGCCUUCUGUAGUUGCUGUUAUCGGCAAUUGGUUCGGGAAAAGAAAAAGAGGUUUGAUAAUGGGUAUUUGGAACGCUCAUACAUCUGUUGGUAAUAUUACUGGUUCCCUUCUUGCUGCAUCUGUUUUACAGCAUGGAUGGGGUUGGUCUUUCAUUCUUCCCGGGGCCUCUAUAUUUUUGGGUGGAAUCAUGGUUUACUUGUUCUUGGCUGCUUAUCCUGAAGAUGUUGGGUUUGCUUGUACGAAUGGAAUGGUCUCCAGUGAAGCAGAGGAACUACCUAAAGAUGGGCAAGCUCAGAUUUUAAAAGGAAAUGAUGUAGAAGCAGAAAGAAAGCCAGACCAUGGCUCAAGGGAGAGGGGUGCUGCUGUUGGCAUUUUGGAAGCUUUUCGGAUACCUGGAGUUAUACCAUUUGCCCUGUGCCUCUUCUUUGCAAAGCUUGUGGCAUAUACAUUUUUGUAUUGGUUGCCGUUUUAUCUAAGCCAGACUGAAAUUGGUGGAGAAUAUGUAUCUGUAAAGUCAGCUGGAAACCUUUCUACUCUGUUUGACGUGGGGGGAAUUGUUGGUGGGAUCCUUGCUGGGUACAUAUCCGAUAAACUUAAUGCACGUGCCAUUACGGCAGCAAGUUUCAUGUAUGCUGCAAUUCCUGUGUUGGUCCUCUAUCGUAUAUAUGGGGGUAUUUCCAAGACUUGGAACAUCUUAUUGAUGAUGCUCGCGGGGCUGUUUGUGAAUGGGCCCUACGCACUGAUUACAACUGCAGUUUCUGCGGAUCUUGGCACACACAAAUCUUUGAAAGGGAACUCCAGAGCACUGGCAACAGUGACUGCAAUCAUUGAUGGUACUGGAUCAGUUGGUGCAGCUUUGGGCCCCCUUCUUACAGGAUUUAUUUCUACCAAAGGUUGGGAUGAAGUUUUCUUCAUGCUUUGUGUCGGGGCUCUUAUUGCCGGUCUUCUUUUGUCACGCCUUGUUUUCGAUGAAUUUUGCGAACGGAAAUCUGAGCGAAAAUCCAAACAGAACGCUCCAACUAUUGUCUCAGGUGUGACUCAACCUCUUCUGGUAGAUCAAAGUUCAUAAUCAUGACUACGAGGGUAUAGAAAAAGAAAGUCCUCUUGAAUUUUCUGUCUGAAAAUUCCCACAGUUUAAAAAACAAAAACAGAAACAAAAACAAGUUAAGAUUAUACAAAGAGAAGCAAAUGGGGAUCACCGUGGUCUUUGGCUGUUCUUUUCUUUCUUCCCUUUUCCUGGGUUUCUUGUAUGCAUUUGUAAUAUCUAACUGUUGUCAAAUCUCGAGUUUUGUUUUUGGUUUGCUGGACUACGUCCAUUGACUGCAGUUAUACAAGUUAUUUACCAUGUAGACUUUUGUACUGUGAAUGUUUGUCUUUUGUAAUCAGAAGAGAAAGCCAGAAGGUAUUACAACCUA